CAAUGGUCCAAGUCGGACCAAAACGUCGUCGUAAGCUUCUGUCUUUUAUGUGCGGGUUAUUUGUGUAUCCACACGACUUACUCUCCCACUGACCUUUAAACACCAACAACAACUCGAGAUAUAUUCAAGUUUUUCUUAAUUAUCGUCAAUAUCUGAAGCUCUGGAGUAACUAUCACUACAAUAUAUAUUUGUGAGGUCUAGCGCUCUAGGAUAAAAUGUGAUUUAUUCAUGUUUUAAACCCAGUUAUCUGCCCCGGGAUAACCAAGAACGUCAGUGUAUUAUCAAGGACUCUCUCUCCCCCAGGAUGCCGCCCACACCAGUCCAUUAACACCCAGGUCAUCCUGGUAGCAGAAGUUGGUACUCGUAGUACCAAUACUGCAGGUCACCCUGGUAGCAGAGGCUGGUACUUCUAGUACCAAUACUACUGGUCAUCCUGAUAACAGAGGCUGGUACUUCUAGUACCAAUACUACUGGUCAUCCUGAUAACAGAGGCUGGUACUUCUAGUACCAAUACUACUGGUCAUCCUGAUAACAGAGGCUGGUACUUAUAGUGACAAUACUUCAGGCUAUUGACCCCAGUGUCACUCAUGUAGAUCUUCAUUUUUGACCCGAGUGUCACUCAUGUAGAUCUUCAUUAUUGACCCCAGUGUCACUCGUGUAGAUCUUCGUUAUUGACCCCAGUGUCACUCGUGUAGAUCUUCGUUAUUGGCCCCAGUGUCACUCGUGUAGAUCUGUUUUGAGCACACCGCCCUCACAUGUGCUGAGAGUAGUAAAUUUUGGUCUAGACACGUGAGAGUUGGUCUUUGCGGCGAGUGUACACAGCAUAAAAGAAAUCCUACCCCAUGCGGCGCAUGAUGAGGAAAACAAGCCUCUGACCUUCUGUUUGAUUUAAAAUAACUUUGAGAUGUUUUUUAGGAUGUUUUUCUAUGAUUUUAUAUCUGUUUCUUGGUAUCAGUUGAUAAAAUGGUUAUCAUACUACUGAAAUGAUUAAUUUGGUCGCUUUCAGGACCAGAAGUAUCUUGAAAUAUUCAAAUGUUGACAAUUUUCAUGAAGGGAAUAGCCCAACCUUUCCCUUAUCUUUUUUUUAUGGGUUUUUAUUAAGUCUGGUUCAAUUAUUUAGGUGCCAUAAACCAUGACAAUUAUUUUUGAUUAUUGUUUGUUUGAAAAACAAUGUAAAUCUUUAAUUUUGUGUGUAUGAUGGAUUGAAAAUAGAGGCCUGGGAACAUAAUUAAUGAACAGAGGAUACAUUACUUUAGCUGCUGUAAUACUGUGUAUAUUUUUUGUUUACAAAUAGGAAUUUUUUGAAUUUUGCAUAAAGAUGAUCAAAUUACUAACUUUUGUGCAAAUUCGCCAGAGCGAAAAGGCUAAGAAGUUGUUUAAAAUGAGCAAUGGAAUUUGUUUAAUUUAAGACUCAAAGUAUGCUCAGACUGUCAACUUUGUGCCUUUGUAGUUCCAUAAGUUUACAUCGUAUUUCAUGUUUUGGCAUUAAUGACCUUAAGAAAAAGAUUCUCUGCCAUUCCUGAAGAAAAAAUUAUUUUUUCCAUGGAAAAAUCCUGACACAAUAAGCAAUUUUAAUUUAGGGGAAUCCUGAUAAUAAAAGUGUUAAGUUAUUGAUCACUAUGUCUAAAAUACUUGAAAAAGAAAGUGUUCCAGCAACACACAUUACAGUUGACGCAGAAGACAAACUACAUCAAUAUUCACAUUCCUCACAAAAAUCUCAUUUUGAAUCAUUGAUAACAGUUAAUGAAGACAAAAAAACAGUUCGGUGUUUAAAGUGUUUGAAAGUAUUUUCAAAAAAAGAAUAUUUAAUAAGACACAUGAAAAUUCAUACCAGAGAGAAACCAUAUCAGUGCUCAGUGUGUCUAAAACAAUUUUCAAUGAAACCGUAUUUAAGAAAACACAUGAGAACUCAUUCUACAGAGAAACUACAUCAAUGUUCAGUGUGUUUAAAAGAGUUCUCCAUGAAAUCAUAUUUAGUAAGACACAUGACAGUCCAUACUGGAAAGAAAACACAUCAGUGUUUAGUGUGUCUGAAAGACUUUACCAGUAAAUCUAGUUUAGUAAAACACAUGAUAAUUCAUACUGGAAAGAAACCACAUCAGUGUUUAGUGUGUCUGAAAGAGUUUUCAGAUAAAAAUUAUUUUGUACACCACAUGAAAAUUCACACUGGAGAGAAACCAUAUCGAUGUUCCGAGUGUCUAAAAGGGUUUACCAGUAAAAUUAGUAUGGUAAAACACAUGAGAAUUCAUACUGGAAAGAAACCACAUCAAUGUUCAGAAUGUCUAAAAGAGUUUUCUAUGAAAUUUCAUUUAGAAGAACACAUGAGAAGUCAUACUGGAGAGAAACCAUAUCAAUGUUCAGAGUGUCUUAAAGGGUUUACAACAAAAUCUAGUUUAGUACCACACAUGAGAAUUCAUACAGGAGAGAAACCAUAUCAAUGUUCAGAGUGUCUAAAAAAGUUCUCACAAAAAUCUAUUUUAGUAACACACAUGAAAAGUCAUACAGGAGAGAAACCAUAUCAAUGUUCCGAGUGUCUGAAAAAGUUCUCCAUGAAAUGUAGUUUAGUUAAACACACAAAAAUUCAUACUGGUGAGAAACCAUAUCAAUGUUCAGAGUGUCUAAAAAAGUUCUCCAUGAAAUCUAGUUUAGGUACACACAUGAGAAUUCAUACUGGUGAGAAACCAUAUUAAAUUUCAGAAUGUCUAAAGGUGUUUGCAGAUCAGUUUAAUUUAGUGAAACACCUGAGACUUCGUACUAUUUAGAAAUUAUGCCAGUGUUCAAUAUUUAAAAGUUUUCUCACAAAAAUCAAAGUCACUGAAACAAACACCAAGCCAUUAAUGAUGGUAAAUCUUGCUAGUAGUAUGAUCAGAAAAUUUAUGUGAUAGCAACAGUCAUAAAAAUUACUUGGAGAUAAAACUGAGUCUCUUUCAAAUAUCUGUUCAUUUACAGAAUUUUGAAUCUGCAGUACAUACAAGUACUCAUUCAAGAAAGUUUUCUUGGUGUCACUAAGGUAGCAGUAAGGGAGGUCCUCCACAUUUGCUAGGGUUAGGGGAUCAAGAACCUCGUGAAUCUUGAAAAUUCGUGAAUAUUUGGUGCGCAAAUAUGAUGUAGGGAAAUAUAAUAAUCCUUGGUGGGAUACGGCUGGUUUGUUGAAAGAAAUAUAAUAAUACAAUACUGUAACAUUUGCAAACGUUUUGAUGCACAAAUAUAUUGUAGGGAAAAUAAUAAUAGCAUUUACUUAGCCUAACAAUACUGCUUCCUUAACCUAUUGAAUCAUGAACAGUCAUAAAACACAUGAAAAUAUAAAAUAUUUUAUAUACGUGUUAUGGUUUAAUAACAAAUAAUGAACAAACAAAACACUCACCACUUGUAAGGUUAGGCAGAAACUCUGAUGACUUGUGAUGAUGAGGACGAUGACGAUGAUGAUGAUGAUGAUAGUUAGUCAUGCAAUUACUGAUGACAGUUGAAUGGAGGUGAUUAUAUGGAGUGUAACUGCAUGGCAUGAUGAGUCUAGUGUGUGGAUUCCAACUCCACUGCCGACAUUGUUAGAGUCAGAGUUAGCAAUGGAGUCAGAUUCUGCCACAGGUUGAGGUUCAGGUGAGGCGGUAGGGGUAGUGGCAGGGGUAGUGGCAGGGGUAGUGGCAGG